UGACUGUAUCCCCAAACUACCAAACCCUAGCUUAUCUAGUGCUACCUGAGAAACCCCAAACUCAUAGCUGGGUCUCCGUGUUUGGGAGUUAAAUUCAGUUCCAAUUAGCGUGAGUAUUUCUCUGUUGAUCCUAGCUGGGAUCUGACACUAGCCCAAUCCCCUCCUGUCCUCCCGCAAUCCUCAACCCCUCUUGCCGCCGUCGCCGCCGCCGCCUCCUCCUUUCCUCUCCCUCGAUUCUCCUGGCGCCACCACCCUGUCCUUGCUCCGUCCCGUCCCCGCCCUCUUCCCCGUGCUGCUGGCGGUCGCGGAGGAGGAGCUGCAGCCGGGUCCGCACAGCUGCCUCCUCCUCGAGGACGGCCGGCUGGUCGAUGCGUCGCACCACUGCAUCCUCGCCUCCUCUGCCCUGCCUCUUCCUCCGCAGAGGAGCACGCCGCCUGGUGCAGCAUGUGUGCGGCAGUCGGGAGUCUGGGAGGCAGCACGUGCAUCCAAUACUGGUUGAUGCCAAGACGGAAGAGAAAGCAACUUCAGGGUUGCAACGCAAGUAAUGCUCCUUUCAUCCCUGGCUUAGUUCAGUGAGCAAUCGCCCAUGCAGAUAAUCUCGCAAUGCAUUACUACAGUUGAUUGAUAUUGCCAACAAGGGUGACAGGGGAGGAUGGGCCGAAAAUUAGAUCUUCAAAGAUCAUUAUAUCUUUAGGUCCACGGCACUGUCGUCCUCGUAUGGUGAAGAAAGCCACCCCAACCGCCAGCUCCUCGACCCUUCUGUUGUGACCACAUCCCACUGUUGUUGUCGGCCGUCGAUACCUACACCUGGAGAAUUUUGAUGUGAACAAUGACUCAUGCUGUCAGAAAAUACUGAUCGUUUGACAGCUUGUCUUUGACCACUGAAGGCUUCUAGCAACCUUGAAGCCCGCAGUCGACCUGCAGGCCACAUCUCUCUCAGAAUGUGUUGUUGGAGUAAGAGGAUUUAAGUUUCUCUUGCUAGCCACUUCUCACUAUGACCUAUGAAGAUGGAUUGGUGAUUCCUGCAAUUAGUUACUUCCUAUAUAGGUCAUAGUGGGCAAGUGAUUCCGGCAGUUUUAUGGGCAAGACCCGAGUAGGGUCUUGGUGAACGAGGUGGAGGUCUUGUUGGACUUAUACAAGAAUAUCACCGCCCUACUCAUCCAUGAGGGGCAUUAUGUUAUAGAAGAGGCAAUAUGCUUGGAAAUCAUAUUCACACUGGGUAUUCUUUUCUCGGCUGUGGGUAUAUUUUUCUCGGCUACGGGUGUACAUGUUAUUGCUUGUCAAAACACUUGCAAAUUAUGGCACACUUACUGUCUUGCAAGAUGUGCUAUAAGGCUAUUAAGGCUGAUGAUCUUCUUUUCUCCAUUGUCCAAUAUUGAAGCUUUUCUUGCCUAUCAGCAUACACCUCAUUCAGGAUUGGAGACAUUUCUGAUACUUAGGUCAAAACACCGGACCUAUUCUUGGUUGUUUGUAAACUCAGUUAAGUAAUACAAGUUAGCAUUUUGUCUUAAUCGUUCUUGGAAAUAAAAAUGAAACCUUAUUGUUCGUUCUACACUACUAAUCUGUUUAGCCAUCCUUGAGAAAGGCUCGAUGGUUAGACAUGAAAACUUUAUUUUUCUCUUUUUGCUUCUCUGGUUUAUUUUUAAAUUUAAUCUGGGUUUGGCUGUUUGCAACCAGAAUGCUAACAUUCAGAUGUUAGAAUCUUGAAAAUUAGUAUGGUUGACGCAAUUGAAAAAAAAGUUUGUUUCAUACUCCCUCCGUUCCAAAAUAGCAAAGUUAGUACAAAGUUAAGUCAUCUAUUUUGGAACGGAGGGAGUAGCUUUGUGCAAAUGUUGUUAGAGGCAUUGUACCAGCAGAAAUUUAGAAGGGAGUCACAUUGCUGAAGAAGGUUGACAGGAAUGGAGCAUCACUGCUUAGCACGUCUACAGAAACAAUGGGGGCCUGUAUGUACAAAUGCACAUAUAGCUUAGGUGAAGUGAUUUCUGAUUUGCGAAACUCUCUUUAUCUUAAGAUAAGAGGAACAACCAUACAAUGCUAAAAUUUCCAUUAUUCCUAUAACUAUUGAAUCAAAUCAGAUCUGUUUUUAUUCUCGUGUUUGCCUGCUAUGAAACAUGAGGUUUGGUACAAAUGUGUAAAUAGGCAGAGUGGUUCCAGAUUUGUAACACUCUCCUUGUGUUAAGUUGAAGCAAUACAAUGCUCAAAUUUAUAUUAUACAAUUUUAGUUUUAUUCUCAUGAAUAUUGCAGUAUUUUUUGUGUGUAAUGAAAAGUGAUUGCUUCCUUGUGGAUCACGUGCCCCCUUUAGACCCUUUUUAUUUAUCUUCAGACUAAUUUAACAUGUGUUAUCUUUAUGGAAAUAUAAAGUGUAUUUCCAGAUGAUAAGUCUUGUGAUUGCGUGCCUUCAACUCCUUUUAUAGGCCUUCAAGUACCUGACAUGCAGUUAUUAUAUGCCAAUGAAAAAUUGGCUUUGUAAUACCAAACAUAGUACCAUAUUCUGUACUGAUAAAACAUAUAUGUCCGUGCCAAACCAACAACUUAUGCAGUUAUGCUUACAUUUUGAACUAAUGUCCCUGCUUUCAACAUCUGUAUUGAACUCCACAUUGCUUCUGUUCUACUGACUCGGCCUUCGUUUUGCUCUUGCGCCAGCGGCGCAAUGGGUGAAUCUAGUUAUAUAGAGACAGCGAGGAUCAUCAUCAGUGUAGACUCUGCCGGCCGGACUCAUCAUGGGUCGCCUCCAUUGCUUCCCCCUCCUCCAACUCCUCAUCAUGCAGUCGCAGAUGAUCGGCCUCUCAGCCAGUGGCUUCCCUGUCCCGCCAUUGGAGCAAGACGAUGGAGGCACGAGGUGGGCCGUCCUGAUCGCUGGGUCGAACGGCUACGACAACUAUCGUCACCAGGCAAACGUAUGCCACGCCUACCAGAUCCUCAAGACCGGCGGGUUGAAGGAGGAGAAUAUCGUCGUCUUCAUGUACGACGAUAUUGCGGGCAAUCCUGAGAAUCCCCGCCCGGGUGUCAUCAUCAAUCACCCGAAAGGCGGCGACGUGUACGCGGGAGUUCCCAAGGACUACACCGGCGAUGAUGUCAACGUGAAUAAUUUCGUCGCCGCGCUGCUCGGCGACAGGUCGAGACUCACCGGCACCGGAAGCGGGAAGGUUAUCCUCAGCGGGCCGAACGACCACGUUUUCGUCUACUACGCCGACCACGGCGGCCCAGGGAUCCUCGGGAUGCCAAACGGUGAGUUCCUGUACGCCAAACAACUGGUGCAAACUCUGGAGAAGAAGUACUCCGGCGGGGCGGGGUACAAAAGUCUGGUGAUCUACGUCGAGUCGUGCGAAGCUGGCACGAUAUUCGAUGGCCUCCUCCCGCGCGACAUUGCUGUGUACGCGACGACCGCCUCUAACUCGACGGAGUUCAGCUAUGCCGCCUAUUGCCCCGACGACGACGAGCCCUCUGAGUUCCACACUUGCCUCGGCGACCUGUACAGCGUGGCAUGGAUGGAAGACAGCGAGACGCACAAUCUGCGCGUCGAAUCCCUCAAGGAGCAGUUGGAGCGAGUCCGGAAUCGCACGGGGACACACUCCCACGUCAUGGAGUACGGUGACCUGGACAUCAGCGCCCAGAAGGUCCACGCAUUCAUGGGCACGAACCCGGCCAACGACAACAUCACCGUCGCGGAUCUCCGGGUGCAGCCGUCGGCGGAGCGUGAGCUUCCGCGGGACACUAUGGCACGGCGGGCUGAGGAGGACAGGAGGUUCGACUUGAUCAGCAGCUUCCUGUUGGGCUCCGAGAAAGGCCAUGCUCUCACCGCAGGCCGGCUGGCCGGGCAGCCCCUGGUCGAUGACUGGCGCUGUCUCGAGACCAUGGUGAGCAGCUACGAGGAUCACUGCGGUCCGCUGUCGACCUACGGGCGCAAGUACCUCCGGGUGCUUGCCAGCGUCUGCAACGCUGGCAUCCCAGAGGAGGUCAUGGCGAAGGCGGCAUCUCAGCUGUGCUGGACUGUUUUCAGUGCCCAAGCUCGUGCUAAUAACUAGGGAGAACAGAGCACCACAUUUGCUUGUGCGCGCAAGACGUAGCAGCGCUGCUUUCUUAAUUAUGAAGGAAAAUAUUGUACAUUAGAAAACUACUACAAAGGCAACGCAAAGCAGGGCACAUUGACUGUACAUUGGCAAGACAGAGCAGAUUACUUGUAUCUUUUCAAGGCAAGGGAGAGCGAGUACAUUGUGACAGUUACGGGAGGUUACCCGUUGAUCCUUUUUUUAACAGAAGAAGGGUCCUGUUAGUGCAUUAUCACUAGGAAGGUUCUAUUUAAAGAGCACCAGAAGAAAGCUUUCGAGCUUAGGCAGAUGAAUCAGGUGCCAAAGAAUCCGGUCAUCUAGCACCUCCCCUGGCAUGGCGACACCCGCUUCACCUAGCGACCUCCCGUUGGAGGUGUUUUUACCUUAUGCAUUCUUGUGUGUUUUUUCUUAAGAGUGUAAAGAAGAACCUCUCCCUGGGAACUGAAGCUUUUUGGCUUGAACAACAAAGGAAAUCACGAGUUGGCUUUUGUGCUAGAUAUGACACGAAGAAAAUGGUAAAGUUUUUUGUACUCGUUAAACUGUUCAUAACUAUGAUCAAUAUAAAAUAGUUAGGCAUUUAAAAUUUGUGAUGCAUUAAUAUUCCAAUCACAUUUAUGGUCGAGAAAUUGUAUUUGAGGAAUUGUCGCUUGAUCAGGUUUUUGCCUACUGAUCCUUUCGAUCAUGCUGAGAUAUGCCAUUUUAUACUGUUACAAAGCAACAUUUAGUUCAGGUUGCUAAUAUUGGAACAAUACAUGUUGAUUUAUGGGAUUCUAA